AGUGCAAUGGACUCUGAACUUCAUGCUUGCAUCGAUCUCUGCAAAGAAGGCAUUUUAUUCUUUGGUCCCACAUAGUCUUCCAAAACAACCAUUUCUGGAUCAACAUUUAUGAAGAAAGCAAAUAUCGUGAUGGCAAAACUGCGAAAUUUGUAGCCGAAUGUUGGCUAGUUUCCCAGCAUAUCUUGCAGACGUGGAAUGGAAAAACAUGGCCGCUUCUUCGUUCUUUGGUUGAUGUUUUGAAAACAAAUGAAACCUUUCAUGAUUUAGAGUAAAUUAACUUUGAUGCCGCUAAUUAAGUGUUGUAUUACAGUUCACACCACAAAUGGCAUCAAUUCAAAAUAACCCUGUUCGAGGAAGCCAGGAACAACCUCCAUCUAUUUCGGGCGAAGCGAAUGUCGGCAAGAAAAGAACGUCCAAAUCGCGCUCGAAAGUUUGGGAAAAAGUCAUUUGGUUUACAGGAAAGGCAAAAGGCGAUAAAGACAACAAAGCUGGCUCGGAAACACUCGCUACCUCUUCAGAUUUGCGUAAAAACAAUAUUGGAGCUGACGUGUAUUGUCUUUGCGUGGAAAACAACGGAUACCACAACAAGACGAGUAAAAAAUUGCGGAAAGUCCGAAGUUUCAAUUAUUUGAAACGUCGAAAAGUUCGACAGUUUGGCGAUCAGUUAGGCUCAGCUGCCGUCGUGGAGGAAGUUAACACAGAUGAGUGUGACACAGCGACAGGGACUUUUCAUGACUUUGAAUCGGACCGAAGGAUAUCUCGACACGAAAGGCCUGCCAGUUUGCAUAGUAACAACAUCAGCAGCGAAAUGCCGUCAGGGAAUGAUCUUCCACAAUUAGAAAACGAGAACUUAAAAAGCGCCUUAGCCCUACGUGGAAACGAUUUGUUAUUGCACGGAGGUUGUGUUGGCAACAUACGUAAGUCUCCAAGUUUUCAUCGAGUAAGGCGCGCUUUCAGUUUUACAGGCCCUGCGUACAACAGCUGGCCAAGAACAAAGCCGCGGAAUAAGAGAAAUGAUUUAGAUUGCUCAAGACAUUGUUUUUCUACUGGACCUAGACUCUUUUCUGAAGAUCACCUACUCCUGGAAAUGGCAGCUCUUAAAUCUUGCACACCAGAUGUGAAAGAGAAAAGUGCAGAACCUAAAAAGAAAAGAGAUUUUUUAAGUGAUGGUAGCUUCCCUCGCUUGGGUCAAAACAGUCUGGAUAGAAAUAACAACGACAACAGUGAUUCUUUGGAGGCUUUGGGAGAUUGUGGAAGUAUUUGUAUUUCUACUGGUUCAGAUUAUUCUAAGGAUAAUUUGGCCAAGGAGAAAAUAAUGGUGUUGUCUUGUGUGCCUGAAAUCCCAGUAGACGAUGGGAGAAGUUUAAGCUUUUCUGAUGAUAGGAAUCUUUUAAAGGAUAUUGAUGUUCCAGAUAAACAGUCAAAAUCUGCGCUUAAAUACAAACUUUGUGAUGAAAACAUAAAAGGAUCUGAUGAGCCAGGGAAUUAUUCUGAACGUUGCCCUGAAUCACAAGAGUUGAAAGCUGUUAAACACCCCGGUAACGACGAUUCUUCAGCUACCUUAAAAGAGGGUUCUUUACCUCUGAAGACUUAUGAUAUAGCUUCAGCUGAAAACAACGUCAAGCCUGGCUUUAUUGUUAUUCAAAGUGAUGCUCAAAAACCAUUUAUUUGUAGCUCACGUUCACCUGACGUUUAUGAAAAUGUUGAUGAGAAAACUGAUUCUCCCUCGUCUUGUGGUGGGUCUCAAAUUUUACAGGGAAGAAUUAAAACACCACAGCCAAGAAAGCCAGCUAUUAAUGGACAACAGUUCAAAAAGAAUACAGAGGUAUUUUGUUAGUAAAUAGUGCAGAUGAAGGCUUCCAGUUAAUGGUAUAGGAGAGGCUUCCUUGUAUAGAUUUUUUGUUGAAAACCAUGGGCAGGAGGGUACAAAUUGCCAAACUGGUUCAGAUCAUUGUUGAAACAGAGGAAGGGAAUAUUGUGUUGCAUUCUUAAGAAACAUGUUUUUUUCAAUGUCUUCCUGGCUCCAGCUGUUUAAAAAGUGGAUAAAGCUAACCACUUGAUAAAUUCCUAUCCAAUGGAUAACACAAUGUUGGUUUUUCUAACACUUAUCUGCUGGAUAGUGAUUUUUCUAUUGGAUAGUAAUAUCCAGCAUUUGAGCAACUGAGGCCAGAUGACUAAGAUGUAAUCUUUUGGCCUUAAGUGUUACCAAUAAGAAAACCAAACAUUUCAGUUUCAGAUGACUCUCCAAAUCAUGUACGACUAACUCUAAGGCCUCUGUUCAAUGACCUCUCUCAACUCACUCUCUGUGAGGUGCUCUCCAAGCAAGGUGUGGCCCAUCCUUAGAAUUUCCUCCUUACUGGUUAUUGAUUCCUUACAGUGUGAGAGAGUUUUUAUACCAAUCAUGUUAGAUCAGCCUCAAAGUCUGGGUACUGAGGUCUCCCUUGUGAGUAACCUACAUAUAGAUUUGACCUCCCCCUAAGAAAGGUUUUUCUUCCUUUAGGGGGAGGAUGCCUAACAGUGAUCAGUGUGAAAUUUCUCCUUAUAGUAUCAAUGCUUUAGAAAACAGAGUGGUCAUGAGAGUUGAGUACAUGGUCAGGGAAGACGAGUCUAAUUGAUAUUUCAACCAAGUCUCCCCACUACUUCUAUUGAAAAAGUGUAUGGACAGUAAAUGAGAAUCUCAAUUUUGAUCUCAGGGUUUAAAGGGGUAAAGGCCCAAUAUCCUGAAACAAAUUCUCUAGACCCAUCUUCAUAUAACUAAUUGGUCAAGAGAGUUUGUUUGAAGAUCAAAGCAUUUUACCUUUAUUAAUUCACAUACCCUAAUCUAGCCUGCGAAAACAUCCGUUUCUCCUCGCUCUCCUCGCGGCUGGGGACGUUUCGCACGGAGGAACGUCUGCAACUCAGCGACAGAAAUUCCGUACUGAUGACAUAAAAUCUGUCCGGAAUCCGGUCAGAAGCGCUGAUUGGUCGACGCAGCAGUUACAUUGUUUUAGCUAUUGUUUAUGAAUGACAGACAAAAAACAAAAGGCCACAAAGGUCAAAUGUAAACGCGAAGAAUCUCUAACAAAACAGUCAAUUUCUGUGGAAUAUAGACUUCUGUAGAAGAAGCAUUUGAAUUUUGCUGGAGCUCAUGGGCAGAUCAACACAACACUUUACCAAAAUCGACCAGAAGACAGGCAAAAUUAGACAAAUUUAUAUUUGGAACCCCAUGACUACCGGAUUUAUUAUGUAAACAUUGAUUUGCGUCAUCAGUAUGGAAUUUCUGUCGCUGAGUCGCAGACGUUCCUCCGCGCGAAACGUUCCCAGCGACGAAGAGCGAGGAGAAACGGAUGUUUUCGCAGGCUAACCCUAAUCUCACCUUUUUAUUAAGUAUUGACAAUAUUAGCAGGAAAUUGAUGUUGGUGACUCACUUUUGGGGCUUUUAGGUUUAAGAGUGCAGGGUAACCACCUUUUUGGCUUUUUUAGGUUAUUUUGCACUGGUUCAGAGAAUUUAAUGAUGCACAGAAGAAUAUUCUGAUCAAACAACUUCUGGUAAGUUUUACUUUUUAUUUCUGCAAAAUCAGGUUUCUAUGUUACAAGACAAAAUUAAAUUCAGGUUAAAAUUUUUUAAUGUAGGUUAAUUCUCGAUUUCCUUUGUCUCUUAUCCUGGAUUAUUCAUGAAUUAGGGCUAGGAGACAAACGAAAUUGAGAAAAAAAUUUAACCUGAAUUUAAUUUUGACCUGUAAUAUUUAUGUGUAUGAACAAAACCCUGAAAGAGACUUUGUUUUCCUCUGUCUUCAUGGUGUAUUAUUUUAAUUCCUUGUUUUUAGACAUGCAAUUUUCCUGUCAAAUGUGGGUCAUCAGUCACAAAUCACAUGAUUAGUUUAAUUAUAAAAAUAAUUAUUAUGUUGGGCCAAACAACAAAAAAAUUUCUGUGAUUCAACUUGGAAACAUAAUGCUUAUUUAAAUUUUCUCCUUAAUUUUGUUUUUAUGAAUAUUUUUUUUCAUGUUUGUAAAUAGACGUGAAGACCCCAAAUUACGUUAUUAAUUAGUAAAAUUAUGCAAAUCUAAUAAACCAAGUUUGGAGAACAAGAAAUUGAUUGAUUUCCAAAAAAAGACUAAUUCCAAUUGGUGCAAAAUAAAAAUAAUAUAAACUGAAUUGUGUGUUGAUGGAGCUAAUGAGGUAUAAGUUGUGUUUACUUCAAAAAAAAUUAUAAAAUACAGUUUUGUAACAUUUAUUUUGAGAUGUGCUCUGUUACAAUUUUUAGCUGCUAUGGAUUUGUCAUGGAUCAUGCUCAGGUUAAGUUAACAUGUCAUAAAACUUUAAUGCUGUUUCUCUAGUUAAUCUGGAUACUGCAUAGCACAAAAUUUUUGCAGGAGUUUAUUUUUGCGGACUGGCGAUUUUUUGUGUUUUGCAAGAACUAAUUUUUGCGAUUAGGACAGCUUAUUUUUCUUGCUGGGCAUUUUUGCGAUUUUCGGAAAGUCCCCGACAAAUCAUUUUUUAUAUUUUCAUUUUUAUUGAGUAGGUGAGUAUUCAGUACCUAUUUUUAAACAGUACUACAAUGUACGUACCCUACGUAAAACCAGUAAUACAGAUUAGGUACCUUUUAGUUGUCAUUCAUUUACAACAGCAUAUGCAGAGACUGAUUGUCCUGAUGAUCGAUCAGAAGUGAUCUCAUUAUCAGUUGAUGCAUCAUCUUUAUCAAUUCCACUAUCUUCUACUUCCAAGUGGUCUGUGUAGCAAAUUUUAGGAAAAAUGUUUGCAGUAAUUUUUUAAGAGGACUUAUUUUUGCAGAGUGCGAAAAUCAUAAAGAUUAGAACCCACAAGAAUUUUGUGCCACACGGUAUACAGUCAGUUCUUUUGACGUUAGAAAGAUCACAGACAAUAUUCCUGUGGAAAAUCCCAACACGUUCUCAUGGCUGACUUGUCUCUGUUGUUUUGUUAUAAGACCGAGGGUUAAAAAAAGUCCAGGAAAACAUUUGUUUCACUCCUAAGAAAAGUUAUAAUGAGUACUAAUUUAUGAUAACCACUUUUCUUGCAGUACGCACUGUAAAUAUAAAAACUGGGCAUUUGGGCAUUAUUACAGUCAAACCGAGAAAACCGUGAACACCGCAAAUAUUUCUGGAAUGUUAUUGUCAGUGUUGCAAGAAGAAGGCCAAUCAGGCAUGAGAAAACUGAACCGCAAGUUUGUGGUUUUGUGGCUAGUUUGCAUGUCCUGAUCUUUGCUGUGAUUGGUCACAAUAAACAUCCCUUUGAUAUUUCAAGUGUUCACGGUUUUCCUGGUCACGCUGUAAGAUUAGACUUUUUUGAUUCAAUUUGUUGAAGAUUUUGAUUUAAGUUUCAGUGGCAUGUUUUUCAGAUUGUUUAGUGCUAGGGGCAAAAAUACUAUUGCACUUGCAGUCUGUAAAUUAUAUUAUACAAUAGAAGAAUGUUACCUGUGAAUACAGCUGGAGAGGCAACUGUACCUAUACAACAGAAAUUCAACAUCUUUGACGUAAAAUUUGUCCAGAAUCUGGUCAGGAGCUCUAAUUUGUUAACAUAGUGGCUAUUAUAUUGUUUUAACUAUUGUUUGUGAAUGACAGAAGAAAAAAGGUCACAAAGGUCAAAUGUAAAAGCGAUGAGUCUACUUCGAAAGAGUCGUUAUUCAUGGAAGAUAUUCUUCUUUAGAAGAAGCAUCUUAGUUUGGCUACAGCUUGAUCACAGGAGAUUACAGAGCUGUACCAUACUAUAUCAGGGGAACCAUAAACUCGAACAAAUUUAAAUUUGUUUCUCCAUGAUUACCAGAUAUUAUAUGUGGAAACACUGAUUUACAUUAUCAUGUUAGAAUUUCUGUCAUUGAGGCGCAGAUAUCUCCCUUGCAAAACAUCCUUAGGGGCUCCUGAAGUUGCAAACUCCUGCAUCUCUGUAAAGGAGGUGGCGACUCAAGGAGACAGCUGAAAUUCAGCCUAUGUGGAACAAGGAGAGACAGUUGUGUUUGUAGGCUUAGACGAACAAGACUGACCCAUCAGAAUAACUCAUCCAGAGACUGCAGUCUGUUCUUAAGUGUCAUGUAAAUGGGAGUCAUAUUUUUAGACACAGUUUCAAUUUUUAUAGGAAUGAUAAGAAGAUGAUAACAAGCAAACUUGCUUCUGGAAACUAACUAGUGAAACACAGUUAAAAACCUUUGCCUUAACCACUGAAAUUUCUAAUUUGCAGGAAGAAUGUGAGUUACCACAGAUGCACAUGCUUUCCAUCGCCAUGGAGCCAAUCUUGCACAAAAAUUGUCCUCCAAACUGUCAAGACAUCCUUGCCUGGUUGCCACAUCAUGUAGCUAUACAUGUUCUUUCCUUCCUCGAUUUAGGUAAUAAGAAUCAACUAAUUAACAGGCUAUUUUUAACUUCCAAAAGCCAUUAUUCAUAUUUAUUCAUCUUCAUAUGUAAUUUUAUUGGAUGCUUUUUAAUAAAGACGUUAUUAUUAAAGACGUUAUUAUUACAUGUUGUACUUUCUAAAUGUGGCCAAGUCUGAAACUUUCUUGUGAAAUGAGCUUUAUUUACAUGAGAAUUAAACAGCCAUUUGUCACAUCAAAAUUCUUUGCGUUGUACCUCGUUUUGAAAAUAGGCUGAUUUAGCAACAGGAUGGGAACAUCAGUUGAUGAGGGGAAAGUGCGCGGAAAGGACUAAACUCGACUUCCGGUGCCCCAUUUGUUGCUCUACCAUUGGUCAAGCCAGUUGUUUGAUUUGCGCACGCCGUUGUCAAGUGACGUUCCCAUUCUGUUGCUAAAUCAGCCUAAUAAGGCUUGAGGCAAUUCAGAAACAACCUAUUGAAGAAUGUGUAGGUCCACAAAAUAUCCUUAUCUCCCCGACUGAGGGUAUUUUAUCUUAGACCCUGCCACCCAAACUCCCCAGAAAAUUCCCUUUAAGCGUCAUAGAUUUCUUUUAAAUUUAUGGUCGUUGAGAACCCCUCCUCUGUCAGGAAUUUCCAAUAAUGUCUGAGGGGGAGGGGGCUGUAGAUUCUCUAGAACUACAUAAUACCUCAACUUUGCUAAUGACCAAUGUUUUCUAAUGUCACAAUGAAACAAAACCUUGACUCGAAUACUUUUUUGUUUCUCUUUCAGUUAGUUUAUGUCAUUGUAGUCAAGUAAACCGCUCCUGGAACAGUUUAGCUAGUACUCCAUCCUUGUGGCAGAACUUAUGCGGGUACGUUAUACAUUCUGUUUUUUAUCUAUGAAUAAAAAAAUUACAAUGUAAAGGCAAUUCCUAAUGUCAUUUUGUAAAAUGUAGAGAAGCGAUUAGUGCCAUGCCCAGGUUGGAUGGUAGGGGUGCCGCGUGGGGUCUUAUGAGGGUGAGACAAACAAAAACUGAUACCCAUUUUAUGGCCCAAAUCUGGAAAAAGAGACCGCCCUUUCUAAGCAAUAUUUUUCUCCAAAAUAUUCCAUUUUUUCAAAUGACAUUUCUUAACAAUUUUGUUGCUGAUUGUAAUGUCAUGGAUGAGAGGAGAACAGUACACAUCCCUUUUUUAUUAUAUAUAAAAAAUAUGUCUACAUGUAUAUCACAAGUCUUCAUAAUAAUGCCAAUGGAAGUAAAGAAGAUAAUUUUGCCAUUCAUCUUUUUACCUUCACUCAUCAGUCAGCCUGAGUGGCAGUUAUCUAGAAUUGGUGAAGAGAAAGAAAGGAAAAAAUACACCAAAGAAGAUGGCACAGUGCAGGUAUUGUCAUAAACCAUCAUUAUAGGCAUUGCGUGGUUGACUGAGCAUGAUGUUCAAGGGACUGGGUAUUUGCAGCCAAGUUCUUUGGUUGAUAGUUCGAUGAAGUCAAGAUUACUCUAUUUGUUGUACCAAAGCAGGCAGCAUAAAUAAGACCCAUCUUGUCCACUCUUGCCUUACCAUAACCUGCCGCUUAUAAGCCUCGCCCACCUCACUUAUAAGUCCAUCCCUCCUAGUUAUUGGCCCAUGCACUUGUAAAUAAGCAAAUACUGAACAAUUAUUGGAUAAGGUUUUUGUGAUACCCAGAAUAAUCAAGGUCGAGGUAAGUGUUUCAGCCGAGCCGAAGGCUGAGGCUGAUGAAACUUACAAAGACCUUGAUUAUUCCGGAUAUUACAGAAACCGAAUCUAAUAAUUUUUUUAUUAUACGUUAUUUUGAAAUAAAUAAUGUCAAAUAUACUGUCACACUGAACUGAUUUGAUAUUGCUCUUGGAAAUAGGGUUGGAAAUAAUUUUAGACUGGUCAAAUGGGCUAAAAAAAAACUUAAUAUAAUUGCAUUAAAAUUACAGAACAUUUAAUAGGGGGGUCACGUAUGUCCCUAGUGUGAAUUUAAGGAUCUUUGGUUUCAUAUAUUGAGGAGGAAGCCAUGCCACUGUCAGUGUACCCUAUACCCUACGAACUGGGAUGCAAAAGCUUUCCUUCAAAUUUUCCCACCUUACACAUUAUUCUAAACAUUAACCCAUAGUUGAAAUUUUGCCAUAUAAUUGCAACAACAUUUCAGCCCAAUGACCUGAGAAAAUUUCAGCUUUGCGUGAAAUUUGCCAUGUAGCCCAAUUUACUCCCAAUACUUUUUGUAUUUUAGUGGAAGAAGAUGUUUGCUUCAAGGUACCUUUUACAUCAGAAUUGGUUAAAAGGAAAAUGUAGUGUCCGCACAUUUGAAGGUCACACUCAAGGUACUCAUUAGUCAGUUUAUUUUGCUCUUAAAUUUAUGAGUGAUUUUGUUACAAAUAAUAUGGUGAGUCCUGGGACUCAUGUUGUGAGAAAUCAUCAGUCCCAGUCCAGAACCAUUGGGUCCCAGACGAGCACAGAAAUUCCCUACUGAUGACACGUCACUACUCAGAUCUGGGUAGUGACGUGUCAUCAGUAUGGAAUUUCUGCGCUUGUUUCUCAGUUGUCUUUUGGCCAGAAAACCAGUGGUAGCAUCGCAAAUGUCGGCUAUUUUCUCAGGCUAAAAUUAAAAAUGCUUGGGCCUUUUUGUAACCAGACAGUUAAUCUGAAGACAGACCCCAAAACUCUGUAUUACAGUAUAGUGAAAUUAAAAUAAUUGUAGUCCUUCUAUUUUAAAGCACAACAACCUUGGAAGGCUUAAAGAAAUAUGCAUCGUUAAACAACAGCCACAAUAACUGCCACAGAAAUUAUACAAAUGGAAUAUUUCUACAAAUACACAUGUUCAGAUCAGUCAAUCAAUCUUUGCAUCCUACGGGACGCAUGCCAUGAAUUAUUUUGUGUCUUUGGGGAUUUUUAUGUGACAGGGACACAUGAUGCAGAGGUAGUAAAAUCACUGCUUUACAAUCUUUAAUUCUAAAUGUGCAUCACCUCAGUAUUGUCAUUGCAUGAACUUCUUCUGAUUGCUUGAGAUUCCAAGGGGUUGUAUCACAGCUGUCCAGUUUAUUUUUUUGAUAGUGGCAACUGUGCAUCCGUGUUUGUUAUGGAACUUCAGAAAUUACUUGUGAAUGACAAAACCAUAUCUUCUUGUCAAACAAAAUUAAUAUGUCUUGCAAGCAUUAUAUCAAACCAUAUUAAAUGUUAUUAAAAUCAAAAACUUUGAAUAACUGUUGGUUAUCAAGUUUUCAAAUCUACCACUAUUGCAAUCCAUUUCAAUCUUCUUCAAUUUUUCCAUCCUUGGCUCCUUUUGUAUCAAAACCUUUUACUCUGUUAUUUGUACCUUCUUUUAAGGUUUUGACUUUUUGUUUCACUCAAUUUGGUGGCCGUUCCAACUGUUCGAAAAUUGUUUAAUCUUGCAAGACAGCUCUUUCAAUUUUUAUUAUCAAAUGAAUUUUCUUCACAGGAAUCUCCUGUGUUCAGUUCGAUGACACAAGGAUAGCCAGCGGCUCAUAUGACAAGACAAUAAGAGUGUGGGACAUUAAGAGCGAUGAUUCUGAUGUUGUUUUGACACUUGCUGGACAUUCUGGAACUGUGAGGUGUUUAAAUCUCAAUGGAAACAGACUUGUCAGUGGCUCUGUGGAUCGCUCCAUCAAGGUAGGCUGCAUGCUGCAUUUCUCUAGUUUUGCUCCCAUGCCAGCUCAAAUUCCGUGACCACAUUUUGCUCAUGGAAAAGGAUGAAUCCACCAACAUCUAUGCAUUGUAUGAACCCUCCCAUGGAAGAAACCCCCAGGGAGACUGCAGAGUUCCUUUUCCAGCUAAGUCCAGGAUUGGAUUGACCCCAACAAGCAUUUCCCAAAGGAUGACAUUUUUGCACACUGCCCAAGACUGAGCCAGUUGGAGACACCUUACAGUCGCUCUUCAGUCGACCGAUGAUUAUGAUGAUGAUGAUAAUGAUGAUGGUCUAUGGUUCCUGGGGCAAACUGUAGGGGGCAUUUUUCUUUGUGUACCUGUGGACCCCCCUGCUUGCCAUAGAGACACUCCCCUACUUUAAAGCCUAGAGAUCCUUUUUUUUAACUUUAGAAUCAAAGUGUGUCACUGAGGUGACCUGACCUCUGUACCCUCCUCUCCUGCCCCUUGUCUCCCACCCUAAUCACAUUCCAGUGCAGGGCUUGAAAAAAAAAAUGAAUUCUGGCUUGUCAAUUGGGUGAGCUGCGGUCACAUUUUCCUUGCCAUAGGCCACCUUUUGUUUGUCUCAAUAAUUGAGACAAACAAAAGGUUAUUAAUGGUUCAAUAAUUGAACCAUUAUUAUUAGAAGUUUGACUUAAAGAUGACAUGCUGCCCUUGCCCAUUGGGCAAGUGUGCUGUAACAGUUACUUGCCCAGCAAGAAAAUCCACUGGUCCCAAAUUACCAGACAGGACUUUAUUCGAGCCCUGCAGAGAUCUAUAGUAUAUCCCCCUUUGAAAUGUGUCUUGGCCAUAGUGAGGUAAAUGGUAUCAGCUAUUGCUGAUGUAUAGCAGUGAUUGCAUUUAUUUAUUUUUUAUUUUUAUUAUCCAGGUUUGGGAUUUGUCAUUUGAGUCAUAUUGGAGUGGUGCUUCGUGUAAGGUCACUAUGAUUGGUCAUAUGCAUACAGUUCGCUGUCUUCAGGUAAAGAGACAGUUUUCAAGUAUAUAUUUCUUUUUCAAAGAUUAAAAUUCAAGCAGCCUGGAAUAUUUCUAGCUGCUAAAAGCUCCAUAGAUAACCUGAUACUUAAUCUAGUAACCAGUUAUAAAUCAGUGCAAAGUUUUGCAAAGUCAAAUUAAAUUAUGUUUUUUUUUCUUGAUAACCAGUCCUGUAGAAUGGGUGAAUCAUUAAGUUUUCUCAGUUUCAUGGUUCUCUUUGCCACUGCAGCUGAUGCUGCUACACACACCCUCUCCCCGGUCUAAGGGAACCUCUAUAGGAGAAACAUUGUAAUGGGAGUGGUAGCAAGGGGGUGUUAAGGAAUUGGUGUUCAAAGUAAUUAAACUAUGAGGGUGUCCCAAACAUUUUGACGAUGAUUGUAGCUUACUGAACGUAAAUGUUGGUACAUGUAGAAAAAGGAAUGUGAGCCUGUCUGUAACCAUCUGAUUUUCUUUUUUAUUUAGGUUGAUGAUGAGAAGGUGGUUAGUGGCUCCUAUGACAAGACACUGAAAGUUUGGGAUAUCAAGACUGGAGACUGUCGGCUUACUCUCAGGUAAUUCAUACACAGUUCAGACUUUAAUCACUUAAUAAUAAAUAUCGUUCGAACGGGUUGAUGUUUCCUACAAAUGAAGCCAUUCGAACAGGCUAAUAUUUCUAGCAAACGGGUGACCAAGCCGUUUGAAAGGCUGACAAUCGGCUUGGAAACGGAAAGCCAUUAGUUUCAUUUUCGGGUGAGAGGUCAUGUAUAGUCAAGUCUGAUCUGUGAAGUCAUAGAUCAGAGAACCAAUGACACUGUUGAUUUGAUCACUUGAGUUCAUACCAGCUGUUUAAAUAAUGUUAAAUUUUCUUGAAUUUUGAUGGAUAGAUUGAUAGACUCUCUGCUUUUAGGGGUCAUAAUGCAGCUGUACUCUGUGUCCAGUUUGAUGAUCGGAAAAUUGUGUCUGGGUCAUAUGACAAGACCAUCAAGGUAAAAAAUAAAUAUCACCACAUAAAGGUACUGCUCAGUAGCCUUUUUAUUUUCAAAGUUAGAGCGAACUUGUAUAGCGCGAUAACAUAACUGCAGAAAAGUUCCGCUUAUUAACUUUCAUUUGAAUGCUGGCACAUAAGGAUUUCAUCCACAGACUCAAAAUUUAUGAGCACUUUGUACAGCAUAAUAAACAGAACCACAGGAACGUACUGCUUAGUAGCUUUCAUUUGAAUGGUUAAACAUUAGGAUUUCAUCCACAGACUCAAAAGUUAGAAACACCUUGUACAGCAUAAUAAACAGUACCACAGGAAAGUACUGCUUAAUAGCUUUCAUUUGAAUGGUCACACUUCAGGAUUUCAUCCACAGACUCAAAAAUUAGAACCACCUUGUACAUCAUUAUAAACAGCACCACAGGAAAGUACUGCUUGGUAGCUUUCAUUUGAAUGGUCACACUUUUGGAUUUCAUCCACAGACUCAAAAGUUAAAACCACCUUGUACAGCAUAAUAAACAGUACCACAGGAAAGUACUGCUUGGUAUCUUUCAUUUAAAUAGUCACAAUUAAGUGACAAUUUCAUUGUUUAUAUUUGUGUCGCAGGUAUGGAGUCUUGCUGAGGGA